AUGGAUGACUAUACUAUUCUGUCAAUUGCCUUGAGUGCCUUCGCUGUCCUGGCAGGUAUCUUCCUGCUUGUUUCCAGUAACAAGGCGCAGGAAACUGGAAUGGAAGUCACUCAAUUAUACGUUUACCCUGUCAAAGGUAUCCGAGGAACUUCUUUGACAAAAGCACGCCUCGGUCCAUGUGGAUUCGAGGGAGACAGGACCUUCUCUCUGCAAAAGGUCAACCGAGAUGAAAAUGGCAAUGUUUCGUAUGAGACAAUGUUGAUUGGAUAUCAUCUGAAACUCGCUCUCUUUUCAGCUUCAGUCGACCAUGACAAGGGCCAAGUCACGGUGAGAUGGACUGGAGACAAGGCAGACGAUAGCGUCGAAUUCCCUCUAAAACCUACUAUCGAAGGUCGGAAGACGAUCGAAACCAGUCUGCAUACUAGCAAGGCCAAAGCCUAUGAUAUGGGAGAUGAGCUAUCGCAAUGGUUCUCUGACCGUCUUGGUGAUGAAGUCCGACUUGUCUACAUCGGGAACGAGUCAAGAGCCGUCCUGGGUUCCUUGGCUCCUCACAGCUCAGACGCUUUGAAGAAAGCCUCUUUCACCGAGCGAAUCAAGAGCAUUCUUCCUCCUUGGUCCCACCCACCUGAGCGGCUUGCCUUCAACGAUCUCGCCCACUACCUAGUCGUCACAGAAGAGUCUAACAAUGAAGUUUCAUCUCGUCUUGAUGAAGGCUACUCCAUGGACAUUACCAAAUUCCGUCCCAACAUCGUUGUCCGCGGCGCCUCCAAAGCAUUCGCCGAAGAUUUCUGGGGCGAGCUCACUUUUGCAGGUGGAAUACGCAUGCCAUUGACAGCAAAUUGCUACAGAUGUCAGAGUAUCACUGUUGACUACAACACUGGGAAGACUGCUACCGAUGAUCGCGGUACGGUCUGGAAGAAACUUAACAAGGAUAGAAGAGUGGACAAGGGAGCGAAAUGGAGCCCUGUCUUUGGGCGCUAUGGCUUUUGUUACGGGGACGCAACGAGAAAAUCCUUAACGGUUGGCCAGCGAGUUGAUGUCACGCGAAUUAAUACUCAAAGAACGACAUUUGGUGAGUUCUACAUCGAGAUGUACAUACAGUACUGA